AUGGAAUCGAAUGUUAAAUUGACCAAGAAAUCUAAGCGAACGUUUUCAGUAGCUUGGCUCUCGGAUGUGCGAUACAAGUCAUGGAUACGAGAAGUACCAUCUGAUAAUACUCUUUAUUAUUGCACUGUAUGCGAUAAAAGUUUUUCGUGUGGUUCAACACAUAUCUCGAGACACGCGGAAUCUGCGCAUCAUAAAAAUAAUAGUAAUAAGGAUUGCAGUAGCGAUGAUGAUAGUUUUUUAGAAAAAAAAUCUCGUAGAUCCAUAUUUCAACAGAAAUGGUUGGAUAGAGCGGAAUUUAAAAGUUGGUUACGCGAAGUGCCACACGAUCCAAGUUUAUUUUUUUGUUUAAUGUGUGACAAAUCUGCUGCUGGUGGUUUAUCGCAAAUUAUUCGUCACUCAAAAUCCAAAGCACAUAUAAAUAAAGAUAAAACUAAUUCUAUUGAAGUAAGUCAAUUGAAUAACAAUUCGCAAUCGAAUGAUGAUACGCAGGCUACGCAUAAUCGGGCUACGCAAACUGAAUUGCUUUCAUCGUUUGAAGAACGUAAAAAAUCCGCAGAAAUUAGAUUUGCUGCAUUCAUUGCCGAUAAAAAUAUUCCCCACCAAAAUGCAAAAGAAAUUCUUAGUUUCUUCCGACAUGUAGGAGAAGAUCCUAACGUGUUGAAAGCCAUGAGUAUGGGUCGUACCAAAUGUAAAAACAUUAUUACAAAUGUUUUGUGCCCAAUCGAGACGGAACGUGUGGUCAAUAAAAUUCAGAACACAAAGUUUACGAUAUUCAUCAAUGAAACGUCUGACAAUGAGAAAUGGAUGACUUUUCUCGUUCGUUAUGUUGAUCCGGACACAUUAGACAUUCGAUCACAACUAGUUAAACUAAUUGACAUUGAUGCCAAAGAUUCCAAUGCGGAAAAAUUGUUCCUUGCAUUUAAAUGCGAAAUGUGGAAGUUACAGAUAUUGUUUUUAAAUAUUGUCGCCUUGUCGUGUGACAGUGCGUUUACCAUGACAGGAAAACAUUUAUUAUUCAAAGAGAAAUUAGAAGAAGAAUGCCCGCAUUUGUUAACAUUUUCCUGUCCCUGUUAUGCUACCAUGUUAGCAGCUCACGCUGCAUGCAAUGAAAUACCCAUAGCUUGCGAGGAAUUUAUUAUAAGAAUUGGCGAUUAUAUUAACUGUAGUCCAAAAUGUUCAUCUGUUUUUUCUGAAUUUUGUGAAUAUUUCCAAGAAAAUAAUAAUAGACUAUCACGAUUAAAUGAUACACGUUGGCGUUCUCACUACUUAUGUAUAAAAAAACUUUUGGAAUCUUGGGAUACAAUUAAACAUUUUCUUAAUCAAAUAUCUGUGAACGAGAAAACAAGAGCUGAAGAAUGUUUGUUGUCUAUGAUGGAUAAUAUAGAGUUAAAAGCUUAUUUCCUGUUCUUAGAGUACAUAUUACAUUUCUUCAAUAAAUUCAAUACAUUUUUUCAAGCAUUAGAUACGCGAAUACAUAUUUUGCAGCCCAAAUCUUUAAACUUUCUUGUUCAAAUCUGUCAAAAUUUUUUAAAAGAGAAGUAUUUAAAACCUUUCUCUAAAAAUGUAGUAUUUUCUUUACAGGAGAAUCAAAAAGAUCUAUAUCAAAUUACAUUGGGAUUAGAAUGUGAAAAAUAUCUUCAGAAAUUAAUGGAGCAUGGACACGAAGACGAAGUUGAAACAAUUCGAAAGAACUGCUUAAAGUUUUAUGUAACUACUGCAGAAAACAUUCGUAAGACGUUGCCUGUAGACAAUGAGUUUUUAUCGAAAUUACAAGUUUUUAAACCUUCCUUACAUUUAUUCGAUAAUGAUAGAGAAACAUCAUUCGCCGAUGUUUCUUUUAUAGCUCAAACUAUUGGCGGUUUUGACGAAGAUGGUUUAAAAAAGGAAUGGGUUGCACUGUCAUCAGAUUUUACAACAAACGAGAAACAAGGUCUCUCUAAAUUAAAUUUCGACAAUAUGUGGAAAAAAAUUUUACGAUCUUCUUAUCCAAAUAAUAUGGCCAAAUAUCCAAAUCUAAUAAAUAUUCUAAAUGCUAUUCGAUCACUUCCCAAUUCAAACAGCGAUCCGAAGACAAUGGUUUCCAUUGUGUAUGAUUUAACUUCGAAAAAACGCAAUAAACUUUCGGCGGCUUCGGUUAAUGCCAUUUGCGUUUUUAAAUCUGCAUUGAAAGCAAGAGGAGAAACAUCAAUGAAUAUGACGAUCGAAGAAAAACAUUUAUCACUUAUGUCAUCAGACAAAUUAUAUGCUAGUGCUACUAAAGAGACUACAUUAUGUGAGACUGUAUUAUAA